AUGCAGAAGGAUUAUUCUGAAGUCAAAGGUCAGUUGCGCAGUCAAGAGUGGUUCAACAACCCGCACAACAUGGGCAUGACAGCCGUUUAUGUCGAACGCUACAUGAACUACGGCUGGACGCGCGAAGAACUCCAAUCGGGCAAACCCGUUAUUGGCAUCGCGCAAACGGGCGGCGACCUCACCCCUUGCAACCGCAUUCACGUCGAAUUGGUCGAUCGCGUCAAAGCCGGUAUUCGCGACAACGGCGGCAUCCCCUUUGAAUUUCCCGUUCAUCCCAUUGCCGAACAGGGCAAACGGCCCACGGCCGCCCUCGACCGCAACCUCGCAUACCUGGGGCUGGUCGAAAUCCUGCACGGGUACCCCAUUGAUGGAGUUGUCCUCACCACCGGAUGCGACAAAACCACACCCGCCUGCAUCAUGGCCGCCUGCACCGUGAAUCUCCCCGCCAUCGUCCUCUCUGGCGGCCCCAUGCUCGAUGGGCACUGGCGCGGGCGUCUAGCCGGAUCGGGCACAGUUGUGUGGGAAGCCCGCGAACGCUACGCGGCUGGUGAAAUCGACUACGACGGUUUCAUGGAUAUCGUCACAUCAUCCUCGCCCAGUGUCGGUCACUGCAACACAAUGGGAACUGCCCUGUCCAUGAACUCAUUGGCCGAAGCACUUGGAUUAUCGCUUACCGGAUGUGCGGCUAUCCCCGCCCCCUAUCGCGCCCGCAAGCAAAUGGCCUAUCACACGGGUCUGCGCAUCGUCGAUAUGGUCAAAGAAGAUCUCACUCCCGACAAAAUCCUCACGCCAGAAGCCUUCCAAAACGCCAUUGUGGUCAACUCUGCGCUCGGCGGUUCGACCAAUGCGCCGGUUCACAUCACCGCCAUAGCGCGACACAUUGGGCAGGAACUGCCGGCAAAAGACUGGCAAACCCAUGGUCACCACAUACCCUUGCUCGUCAACUGCCAGCCCGCAGCGAGAUACUCGGUUUCGAAGCCCUUUUUACACCGCGCGGUGACGUGCGCUGUCAUCCGGCCGCGCGAACUUCUCGUCAAAGCAGACAAACUCCCACCCCACUGCCAGACCGUCACCGGCAAAGCCAUAGGUGAAAAUCUCACAGGCAUCGCCAUUGAAGACCAGCGCGUCAUCAAACCUUAUGAUCAACCCUUAAAAGAAAACGCCGGAUUCAUUGUACUCAGCGGCAAUCUCUUUGAAGCGGGCUUGCUCAAAACCUCUGUAAUCAGCGACGACUUUCGCCAAAAAUAUCUCCAGCGCGAAGGCGACAAAAAUGCCUGGGAAGGCAUGGCUGUGGUCUCGACGGGCACCCCGAUAGAUUUGGCAUCACCACCGCAUCAGCACAUCAACGACCCGGCUUGCCCAUCGAUCGUAAUUCAUGCUCUCGGCGCUAAUGCGGCCUAG